AUGGGCAGUGGGGAAAAGAGUCUAAGGAACUUUCACCUACAUCUGCCUCAUCUUCAUCAUCACCAUCACAAGAAGCAAGCGAGAGAUGUUCCAAAAGGGUGUUUGGCGAUCAAGGUGGGCCAGGGAGAGGAGCAACAGAGAUUUGUAGUGCCUGUCAUAUACUUUAAUCACCCACUGUUCAUACAGUUAUUGAAGGAAGCAGAAGAAGAAUAUGGUUUUGAUCAAAAAGGCACCAUAACUAUCCCUUGUCACGUGGAGGAGUUUAGGUGCGUUCAAGGCAUGAUUGACAGGGAAAAGUCCAUUCAUCAUCACCAUCAUGUCGGAUACCUUCAUGUUUGGCUGAUGAGGAAGUUUGAUGAUGAUAAAGAUGAUGUGAUGAUGACGACAAAACGUUGUAUAAGUGCAUGGCUAGUUGUUGCUUCUGCUGCUGCUGCGUGGACCGCGUUGAUUUGGUUAGGUGAAGAGUCAAGAAAGAGCCAGUGA